AGAAUAUUAAAAAAAGAAAAAAGACAGAAACAGAAGAGACACGCAAACAUAUCCAUUAGUCACAAGGGUUGUUCUUGCAUCAGUUUUUAUUUACCAGAAAGGAAAUAAAGUCGUAACCUUUGUGUUAAAGAUAACAAGGGUUUUUUUAUAGUGAGAGAGAAAGAGAGUCUGUUUGUGUGUCAGGUGAAGAGAGACGAAGAUGGAGAACACAGACGAGCUCGUGUCUAUUGAGUUACCAGCUCCUGCUUCAUGGAAGAAACUGUUUUAUCCGAAAAGAGCAGGUACACCGAGGAAGACAGAGAUUGUGUUCAUGGCUCCAACGGGUGAGGAGAUUAGCUCACGCAAGCAGCUUGAGCAGUACCUCAAGGCUCAUCCUGGGAAUCCUGUCAUCUCUGAGUUUGACUGGACUACUGGUGAAACUCCAAGGAGGUCUUCAAGGAUCAGCCAGAAGGUGAAGGCUACAACGCCCACUCCUGAGAGAGAACCUCAUAUGAAGAAGAGACGCUCUUCUCUCACUAAGAAGGACAAAGAGGCUGCUGAGAAGGAGAACAAGGAGGGUGAAAAGACUGAGGUUGAGAAGGAGGGUGGAGCAGAAAUGGCAGAGGCUGAGAAAGAGAACAAGGAGGGUGAAAAGAGUGAGGCUGAAAACAAAGAGGGAGACAAGAAAGAGCCCAUGGAAGUUGAUACCUCUGAGGUGGAGAAGAAGACUGAGGAGGAGAACAAGGAGGGAGAAGCUGUGACGGAGAAGAAAGAGCCCAUGGAAGUGGAUACCUCUGAGGGUGAGAAGAAGACUGAGAGUGGAGGAAUAGCUGAAGAACCUGCCAAAGUUGAAGACCUCAAGGACACUAAGCCUGCAGAGAAAGAGACUGAGAACAAGGGCAGCGUAGCAGCAGAAGCUAACGGAAAAGAGAAUGAGCCUAACCUUGAUGCUGAAGCUAAUAAGGGAAAUGAAACAACCAAAGAUGCUGACGAGAACAACACAGAUGGUGAGCCUAACCUUGAUGCAGAUGCAGAAGCUACUAAGGGAAAUGAAACCAAAGAAGCUGACGAGAAGAAGACAGAUGGUGAGCCUAACCUUGACGCAGAAGUUAACAAGGGGAAUGGAACACAAGAAGCUGUAGCUGAGGAGAAGAGUAACGAGGUGAAGGGGGAAGAGACAAAGAGAAGCGGAGGAGAGGCGAAUCAAGUUCAGGGUGCUGCAGCGUCCGUGAGCUGUUGAAAGACCUAUAGAGCACAGAACGUGUAAGAAGAGUUUGUUGUGUUUUUUCUGAUUUCAGAUGUAGUAGCAUUGACAUUAUGAGUGGUUGUUGUUGUUGUAUGUGCUUGUAGAAGAACUAAUGUCUCUCUCUCUCUGUAGUUCAGUUCAUAAUUAUCAUUAGACUCUUUGUACUUUUGUGUGUGUUUGUUAAUGUUAAGCAAUUUAGUC